AUGGAUAUAACAUUGAAUUAUGAAGAACUAUAUGGCAAUGAAGAUUAUAACGAAAAUUAUGGCUAUGGUGAUGAGAAUUACAGUUAUGAUAAUGAAGAACCAAUUGAGGUUGCCAAUACCACUGAAACUGCCAAUACCACUGAAACUGUUAAUACCAAUACAACAACUACUAAGAGGAUUGUCCAAAAUUAUAACGAAAAUUAUGGCUAUGGUGAUGAGAAUUACAGUUAUGAUAAUGAAGAACCAAUUGAGGUUGCCAAUACCACUGAAACUGCCAAUACCACUGAAACUGUUAAUACCAAUACAACAACUACUAAGAGGAUUGUCCAAAGUGACAUCAUUUCGCUCUGA